GCUGCGCUCCGCCUCCUCCUCCUGUGCUAGGGAGAUGGCGCCGCGACCGCCGAGGUUCUGACAGGACGGUGAGAGGCUCAGAGGCUUGGGACGCCGCGGAGGAAUUCGCCGAUUGGAGAAAUGUGUCACUUCGCCUCCUUGUGGGCCGGCAGUUGGGGGCUGGCCCGUCCUGCGCUCUGCUCUUGAAGGUUCCGGUCGCUCCUGCAACCUAAGGCACCUCUAGAGGCUGUCAUCCCAGCCUCCCUACCGCACGAAAGUAUCCCAAGGUUAAAGGAGUCCUGGAUCUGAGGCAGUGAUCCGGCCUCAGGAGCCGUCUGGGACUCGCAUCCCCGUCCAGGCCUGUGACCCACUGACCAGCAGGAACCCAGCCAUGGUGAACGAGGGCAGCAGCAGUGGCAGCGAGAGCUCCAAGGACAGCUCGAGAUGUUCCACGCCCAGCCUGGACCCAGAGCGGCACGAGAGACUCCGCGAGAAGAUGAGGCGCAGGAUGGACUCCGGUGACAAGUGGUUCUCCCUGGAGUUCUUCCCUCCUCGGACUGCUGAGGGAGCUGUUAACCUCAUCUCAAGGUUUGACCGGAUGGCAGCAGGGGGCCCCCUCUUCCUAGAUGUUACCUGGCACCCCGCUGGAGACCCUGGCUCAGACAAAGAGACCUCCUCCAUGAUGAUCGCCAGCACAGCAGUCAACUACUGUGGCUUGGAGACCAUCCUGCACGUGACCUGCUGCCAGCAGAGCCAGGAGGAGAUCACAGGCCAUCUGCGUCGAGCCAAGGAGCUCGGCCUGAAGAACAUAAUGGCACUGAGGGGAGACCCCGUAGGUGACCACUGGGAAGCAGAGGAAGGCGGCUUCAACUGCGCCACAGACCUGGUGAAGCACAUCCGGAGCGAGUUUGGCGACUACUUUGACAUCUGCGUGGCAGGUUACCCCAAAGGCCACCCCGAGGCCAAGAGCUUUGAGGAUGACCUGAAGCACUUGAAGGAGAAAGUGUCUGCAGGUGCUGACUUCAUCAUCACCCAGCUCUUCUUUGAGGCCGACACCUUCUUCAGUUUUGUGAAGGCCUGCACAGAAAUAGGCAUCUCCUGCCCCAUCCUGCCCGGGAUCUUCCCUAUACAGGGCUACACCUCCCUUCGGCAGCUUGUAAAACUGUCCAAGCUGGAAGUACCACAGAAGAUCAAGGAUGUAAUUGAGCCAAUCAAAGAUAACGAUGCUGCCAUCCGCAACUAUGGCAUUGAGCUGGCUGUGAACUUGUGCCGGGAGCUGCUGGACAGUGGCUUGGUGCCGGGCCUCCACUUCUAUACCCUCAAUCGUGAGGUGGCUACCACGGAAGUGCUAAAGCAACUGGGCAUGUGGACUGAGGAUCCCAGACGUCCCCUGCCCUGGGCUGUCAGUGCAAAUCCCAAGCGGCGGGAGGAAUAUGUGCGCCCUAUCUUCUGGGCCUCCAGACCAAAAAGCUAUAUCUACCGUACACAGGACUGGGACGAGUUUCCCAAUGGCCGCUGGGGUAAUUCCUCCUCGCCAGCCUUUGGGGAGCUGAAGGACUACUACCUCUUCUACCUGAAGAGCAAGUCCCCCAGGGAGGAGCUGCUGAAGAUGUGGGGUGAGGAGCUCACCAGCGAGAAAAGCGUUUUCGAAGUCUUUGAACAUUACCUCUCAGGAGAGCCAAACCAACAUGGCUAUAUAGUAACCUGCCUGCCCUGGAACGAUGACCCCCUGGCAGCGGAAACCAGUCUGAUGAAGGAGGAGCUGCUACGGGUCAACAGGCUGGGCAUCCUCACCAUCAACUCUCAGCCCAACAUUAAUGGGAAGCCGUCCUCGGACCCUGUUGUGGGCUGGGGCCCCAGUGGGGGCUAUGUCUUCCAGAAGGCCUACUUAGAGUUCUUCACCUCCCCUGAGACCAUGGAGGCCCUUCUGCAGGUGCUGAAGAAGUACGAGCUCCGGGUCAACUACCACAUCGUGGAUGUGCAGGGGAAGAACAUCACUAAUGCCCCCGAGCUGCAGCCCAAUGCCGUUACGUGGGGCAUCUUCCCUGGUCGAGAGAUCAUCCAGCCUACUGUGGUGGAUCCCAUUAGCUUCAUGUUCUGGAAGGAUGAGGCCUUUGCCCUGUGGAUUGAGCAGUGGGGCAAACUGUAUGAGGAGGAGUCCCCGUCCCGCAUGAUCAUCCAGUACAUCCAUGACAAUUAUUUCCUGGUCAACCUGGUGGAUAACGAGUUCCUGCUGGACAACUGCCUGUGGCAGGUGGUGGAAGACACAUUUGAGCUGCUCAACAGCCAUGCCACAGAGAGAGACGCACAGGCGCCAUAAGCCUCCUGGAGCCCCCUCAUCUUUCCACACAUGACAGCAACAGCUAGACUGGCUGGAAGCAGCCAGGCUCUGAUUGGAUCUGAAAUGCCCCAUUUAGGAGGCUCGUGCUCUCUGCUCAAGCCCAUGAGAUGAGAUGCGAUUCAUUGAGCAAGGCCCAGCUAUGUUCCUUCUGAGUGGGCAUUCCUGCCAGCUGCCGUCUUCUCUGUUCGGCCUAGCCUAGAAGCUGUCCCUGGCCCUCCUCUCCAGUCAGCCCUCAGGCCUCGCUGCCUGGGAUAGUGACUGGCAGGUACAAAUGGCUGCCCCUGAGGCCUGGCUCCCGGCCUGCUGGUCCUGUUUGAGUCAGGGAUGGGGAGGAAGCUGUCCAUAGAGCAACUUAGAUAGAGCAGGGGAUUCCCUCUCCCUUUGUCCCCUAGACCUAGAUGACAACAGUGGAAAGCAGCCUGGAAGAAGGGAUGUUCUUUUAUUGUGCCCCCAGAGCUCUGGGAGCUGAGCCUCCAGCUGUGGGCCUGGCCCAAUUCUGUUUGUUUCUCGGGUGGCGUAGCUCACAGCACAGCUGCUGCUGGGCCCUGCUCUGCUCCACACCUGCUAUGUCUGGUUCUUCUCGUGGGCUCUUGGCUACCAGGCGCCGAUACCACUUUCCAAAGGCCUGGAAGCAGGGAUAGACAAGAAAGGACAUGUGUCUCGGCUCCCUCCAGGGCCUGACUGGGCUUGUCAGACUGACACCUGAGCCAUGUUCUUUGUAUCUCAACCAGAGGCUUUUUCUUCUGCCCUCACUGCCAGGUAUCUCAGCCCAAACAUACAGGCUCUGGAUAGACUGCACUUGUGGCCUGGGAAGCUGUGCCCAGUGACCUGCAAAUGACCCAGGCCUGCAUGGGUAGCCAGUGCCACCAACAGCCUGGUCUCAGGUUGAGUGACUGACACUGGGCUAGGCUUACGGCCACCAGUCAAGGGCUCUGAUAACCAUUGUGCUUUGUAACCAUUGAUCGGCUUACUGAAUGAGGAAACUCGGGGUGCUGAGCAGGGACAGCCCCUUCCCUCUCCCUGGCUCAGCCCAAAGGUGACACUGUUUGGAAGACUGGCUAGGCGAGGUGAGGUAGAGCCACCUGGGAAAGGACCCAGCUCUCUUCCUGCUGGAGUAACCGCUGAGCCACCUGCAGCUGAAGGACCCUUUUCCGCCAUGUCCUCCAGGCCUGGUCCAGGUGCCACUGUCUGAGCUACAGAGAGAGUUGACAGAAAAGACUCUUUGCCGUCCUGGCAGCCGUAGCCCUUGUACUUCUGCCGCCCCAGGGAGAAAGGGAAGCGUCAAAGGGGCCGUCCUCUGACAGUGUUAGCAGACAAGGACUCCUGACUUUAGUCCAAGACCACAGCGAGAUACAGGUUUGUCUAGAGUUGGCCAAGGGAUGAGAUGAAUGAGAGAAGCUGCUCCCAGGGCCUCUGCAGGAUGGAGAGGAACUAAGCCCACCUACCAGGGUCCGAGACAGCUGCUCCGCCCAGUAAACAUCUACCCAGAGCUGCCAUGCCCUUGCCAGGCACCUGGCCCGCUGCGAAGCCUGGAUCCACUGACACUGUCGGUGCCUGUUCCUGCAGGCCAAGGACAACACAACCUCUACAAGGUGAAAAGCAAGUCCCGGGGGUCAUCCUGCUGGGGUCACCCAGUUCCACCCCUCCUCCAUGAUGUCACAUGCACAGUUGCUCCUGCCCUAACCACCUUUGAGGAGCCUCGCCUUGGCCCUGGAGGGCCCUGGUCUCAGAGCUGCAGCGUUUGCCUGGUCCUGUAGGGGGCUGUGCCCGUGCAGGCAGUGGCAGCCAGAACUGGAAGGCUAGGCAGAGAGGCCGCUCUGUGUCACCUGGAGAGGAGAAUUGCAUCGAGAGGAUAAGCCUUGGUUUGGGGGAGCAGUGGCCACCCUCAGGUACCCAGGUUGGAGGAUGGCCCAGGGAACUAAGGGGGCAGAAGAGAAUCACCCAACAGCUGUGAACCGGGGAGGACUGAGACCCCGGGACUCAGCUUCUUACUAUGAGCACAGGAUGUGGUCUUCUGUGUGCCUCUACCAGGCUGCCAUGCCAGGCUGGGCAGCACACUUGGUCUAACAGGUGUCCAGCGGCUGUGGGUCUGAGGAACAGUGGGGGAGCAAGGAUCAGAUGCCUUGAGCCUGCUGAUCAGGAGGGAUUCCUGCCUGACCCCUGCCAGAACAGACUCCCACUUGUGUGUAUAGCGGGGUGUCUCACCUGUCACCUGGGAGUCCCAAGACCCACCAGAGGAGGCAAGCUGCUAGUACUUAGAUGGCACUGCCACCUCUGGCCAGUCUCCCAUCUGCUGAAGACAUCUAAGCUGAGGCUGGUCCAGUAGUAGCUGCAGCUGUCCUGUGGUAGAGCUCAGGCCACCCCUGAGAGCUAAGUUAUGCCUCUGAGAUAUGGCCUGCCACCGCAGGAUGGCGCACCACCUGCACACUGUGCCAGACAAGGGCGACCUGGCCGUGGGAGGGGGGGGGCGGACGACAAUAAAGAGCAAGACCUUGGCUGCCAUUCUCAGUGUCUGCUUUGUUUCUAGAUGCCCCAGUGUGGGAGAGGACAGUGUAAGGGAGAAUGAAGGUUUGGUUUGGUUUAGUUUUUUGAGAGAAGGUUUCUCUGUGGGACUGUCCUGAAACUCAUAGCUAUCCCCCUUCCCUCUGCCUCCUGAGCGCUGGUAUUAAAGUCAUGCACCACCACCACCCAGCAAGAAGAGAAAAAAGUAUGUAUAAUUUUAAAGGGUGGCAGUGUCCCCCGGAAAUUCCAACUCAAGAGGCUGAGUUGAAGCAGCCCGGACUAUACAAGCUGGGUCUACAAAGCCCUGUAACAUCUAGAAGGAACGAAGCGUGAGACCCCGUGAUCUGCUGUUGCCUUAGGCCCAUAGCUGGGAGUUCUGAAACCCCGCAUCACUAUUGCAAUUCUGUUUAGGAGGCAAAAGUCACUUUAGUGAUUUCCUUAGACUCUAAAGUCAAUUCCCUUCUUUCUAACAAUCUGAAGCAGGACUCUUGGUGAUGCCAAGUUGUCAUUAGGAACACUGUCUGGCCUGUCAGGAUGGUGGCCUGGAUCUCUCAGCUACAUCUCCAGUCUACUGGGCAAUGCUGUUGCUUGCCCCUGGCACUUGCGAUGCCCUCUUCACUCCUGCUAGUCCACAGUCUCUCAUUAUCCUGUCAAAGCUAAGGACUAAAACAAACAAAACCCUACUUUCUCCUGUAUUUUCUGUAAUGGAUACAUGGGUACAUUUCAUUUCUUCCAAUAAAGUCAGAUUGCC